ACAAUCGUUUUGAUUUUAUCGAAGAGAUUCUAACGUUGUUAUUAUGAUGUUAAGAAAAUGACUAGUUAAGGCGUUUCUGGAUAACGAGUGAUCUGAUCAGGCUAAUCACAGCAAUCGGUUAGAAUGAUAAAUAACGUCUAUCACUACGUACGACACUGGUCGACACUACGUGAUCUGUCGCUGUCAAAAGUUUGGAGUUUUUCCACAUCAUUUCCUUGUGAUUUCCUCGCGGUUAUCUAUAAGAAGUGCAAAAUGUCCGGUAUUUCACCUGAAGAAAUUAUCUCCCUAUGCCGGACCCCUGAGCCAGCAACUAAGGACUUCAUGUUCCAACAAACAAUGUACCGCAUCAAAGACCCAAGGAAGUCCAUUCCGUUCUACACCGGAGUGCUGGGCAUGACUUUGCUGAAGCAACUCCACUACCCAGAGAUGAAGUUCUCUCUGUUCUUCAUGGGCUACGAGAACCCGGCUGACGUGCCCCAGGAUGAAGCUGUGAGGUCCGCCUGGGCGUUGACUAGGAAGGCAACUUUGAGCCUUACUUACAACUGGGGUACGGAGAGCGACGAUUCCUGCUACCACAACGGCAACUCGGACCCGAGGGGCUUCGGCCAUAUUGGAAUAUGGGUGCCUGACGUGGAAGCCGCUUGUGCUAGGUUCGAGCAGCACGACGUGAAGUUUGUGAAGAAGCCGCAGGACGGCAAGAUGCGAGGGCUGGCCUUCAUCCAGGACCCCGACGGGUAUCGGAUCGAGAUAUUCACUUCUAACGUCGUCUAAACUUAAAAAAACAGGUCUGUAAUGUCAACUUUGCUAGUGUUGCCCGACUGUCGAUAGUUUAAGUCGAUUCCAUCGAAAUUCAGAGAAAGGUUUUCGCCUUCGCCUUCUUAGCAACAGCUAAAGGCCGGUCCGUGAGCACGUAGAAUUUUGUCCAAUGACCCCAAGCUACCCAUCCUUAUCGCUCGCGCGUAAUUAUAUUGCUGUCGCGACUGUGCGACGGGAGCCCGCAGUGAGUGUGCGAUCGCGACAGCAACAUAAUUACGCGCGAGCGAUAAGGAUGGGUAGCUAGGGGUCAUUGGACAAAAUUCUACGUGCUCGCAGACCAGACUAUAGUAGUUGUCUAAGUUUGAAAAUAAAAACAGGUCUGUAAUGUUCAGUUUGUUAGUGUUGCCCGACUAUUGAUAAUUUGAGUGUCGAUUCCAUCGAAAUACAGAAAAAGGUGACCGAGUUUAUUCCGCAACUGCUUCUCAACACCACCCGGAGUGGUAGCUCUAUUGGAGCGUGUAUAAAUGGACUAAUUUAAGGGACUUUUAACACUAAAGAAUGCUAAUGUGCAAAGUUUAAUUACCACAUUGUUUUUUUUUACAGUGUAUUUCAUGUCAACAGCAGUGAACAGCAUAAUAAUUAUACAAUACAAUAAAUCAUUGCUAUCGAUAAUAAUAAGAAUUUUUCUAAUAUUAAAAUGAUUGUUUUUUGAUUCUUUCGAUGCUAUCGACAGUCUCCCCUUGAUGGACUUUCUAUUUAGCGUCCAAUUUUCUACAGUCACUUCAGAUUUGAACUUUGGAUUGAAUGGCAAUACCCACGUGAUGUUACGGAUCAUUGAAUGUGCCUAUAAAUGUAUAUUUUUGUUAAAUAUUCAGCUUGGAUGAACCAAAUUUAGAUUUAACUAAAAUAAAAUAACAAAAUUCGAAAUUGUAAGUGAUUCACGUAUUAUGUUUUUUGUUCAAUUAUUUAUUACAUUAUCAAACAAGAUGUAAAGGACAGUGGCAAAAUCAGUUUAAAUCCAAUAUUAUUUUACACAUUAUAAGGAUUUUUUUAAAUAUUGCUAAA